AUGCACCGGGCACUCCAGACCUCAGACCUACCGGAUAACGUCAAGGGAGCAUUAAUAAUUUCACAUCGAGUACACAUUAAAGUGGUACGAUUUCAGGUAUAUCUAUUUAAGAAGAAGACCUCUGAGCAGUGGGACCCUGGGCUCACUCCUGGGGUCCUUGCCGGUGCAGGCUCCCCACUCAGCACCCAGGACGAGCUGCUGCAAGAACUAGUGCAGCCGGGACCCCUGGGACGACCCCUAGGCCUGGGGGGCUCUCCCGCACUGCCUGCUCCUCGCCCAGGGGGCACCCACCCUGCGCCCACCCGGGCUGCCCUCACCUGGUGGGCACCCGGCUCCUGGCCUCGGGUCCUGCUCGCGCCCGGGGCGCCUGGCCACAUCCUCCGCCUCUGCCGCGCGCCCCACCCUGCCGCCCGCGCGCUGCAGCGAGCCUGGCUGUGCCAGCUGCCUGGGAGCCCAGCCCCGGCGGGGAGAACUUUCCAGCGAAGGGGGGUGUGUGAGGGGGUGCAGGGGUGA